AUGAAGUUCUCUACUGUUUUGUUCGCCUCUGCCGUUGCUGCUUACAACACCACCGUCAUCGAGACUAUCACCUCAUGUUCUGAGGCUGGUCCAUGUGAGACUAUCACUUUGACCUCUACCUACUGCCCAGAGGAGAAUGCCACCUCUGUUGCUCCAUUUGAGGGUGCCGCCGCUGCUGGCCACGCCAACGUCUACGCCGCUGGUGCCGCCGCUUUGGCUGCUGGUGCUAUGCUUUUGUAA